CGGCUGUUACCCCGCUCCAUGCCCUGAAUGAAUGGACGCACCCCCGGCGCAACGGAGCUCAACUGUAACGUUUAACACCCAGCGACGCCAGCCGACCUUCCCCAACUCACUUCUUCCGCAACGAACCACGCGCCCUGCAAACGUACCAACCCAAUGGCGAGCAAGAUGGCCUCCUGCAUCUUCUGCAAGAUCAUCAAGGGCGACAUCCCCUGCUUCAAGCUCUUCGAAAGCGACAAGACGCUGGCCUUCCUUGACAUCAACCCCCUCAGCAGAGGACACGCCCUCGUGAUCCCCAAAGUGCACGGCGAGAAGCUGACCGACAUUCCUGACGACCAUCUGACCGAGAUCCUGCCGGUCGCUAAGAAGCUCGUCCUAGCGACGGGCGCGCAGGAGUACAACAUCCUGCAGAACAACGGGCGCGGGGCGCACCAGGAGGUUGGGCAUGUUCAUUUCCAUAUGAUCCCCAAGCCCAACGCGACGGAAGGACUCGGCAUCAGCUGGCCGCAGCAGAAGACGGAUAUGGACCAGCUCAAGGCGCUGUUUGAGGAGAUCAAGUCUAAGAUGUGAAUGUGAGCGUCCC